AUGGCAAAACGCGACAGCUUGACAGUAUGGCUCCCGAAAGAAAUGUACGGCUCCGUAGAGCCUCUCGCCGACGAUAGAUUCAUAUGGUGCCCGAUGCCAUUUGACAACUCCCUACCAGUCGAACAAACAUCAUUCAUCGACAUGGGCGGAGAUGAUGAGGACAACACCAACAAUAAGGACCCGACACGAAUUCCAGACGAUGAUAAGCCGAUGAUAGACUACGAGCUUCCCGCCCCGCCGCCCGCGGCCGUAUUAGCGGGGCCGUCGACGGACAUGUCAAUGUCGGAAACCGAAUCCGAGCGAGAGUUUCCGAUGAGACAGAUUAGUCAAAAUCUCGGCCGGGGGCGGCGAGGGAGGCCCCGGAAGACGAGGCCCGUUCGGCAACAGCAGCACAAGCAUGCCGGGUCCGAGAGCCGGGGGUUUGCGGUACAUUUGGGGUUGAAUCUUGAUAUUGAGGUUACCCUCAAGGCGAGGAUAUUCGGAGACUUGGAAAUUAGCGCUUUUGACGCAUUGUGA